AUGGCUUCUUCAAACCCCAUACUCCACGUUGGAUUAGGGGGAAAGAUCCGGGUUGUCAGAUCUGAUUUUAUCACACAUUCUGCGGAUAUGAUUGUUAACCCCGCAGAUGCGGACAUGUCCGACGAUUGGAAUACCGUUACUAAACGACUGUACCGAGCUGCUGGGCCACCCCUUCUUUCGAGGAUUUCGGAUAAGUAUAAAGGAAAACCUUUGGAAAUGCCACCGCCUCAUCUUUCAGACAUCCACACAGUAAACUCUCCGUCCGGAAGCUUCUUUCGCGCGGUUCGUUACACCCCUAGCUUCCAGAUGAGCAAUUGUGACUGGAUAGUCCACACCCGUGCUCCUCUAUACAGGCGCCCUCGAAGUCUCAGCGAGCAACGUGUAUGUGGUUUGAAUAUUACGGAUAUUGAAACUCGAAAUGGGGUUAAAUAUAGCAGUAUCCUCCUAGCUCUAAAGGUGGCACAUAGGGUUGCAUUGAGAAAGAGGAACAGGGUAUUUACGGUUGCAAUCCCCCAACUCCAACAUGAUGGGGGAUACUUCACCCCCAGAGACGAUGCAAUACUUACUCUUAGUGCCAUUGUGGACUAUUUUAAUCACCCAGAAUGGGGUAUACGUCGACUUAACGCUAUCGCACGAGUGGACAUUACGAUUGAUCCCACUCCGAUGGGCCAGGUGUACUGCCAGGCUUACAACUUUGCUUGGUAUUCAAUGAGUAUGCAUAUACCAUGUCGAAAUGUCCAACGCUCCCCUGGGGCAACAAUUGGGCUUCUACAGAGGCCAUAUCCGGCAGAUCGUCCUCGUCUGCCUGCACUAGAUCCAUGUCAGAGUUAUCCUUCAGAUUCGGCAGUGCCCACUCUCAUCCGUAGCGACACCCAAUCGCUACAUGAGAUAUCCACCAAACCUCGAUUUAACGAAGCCUUAGAGUAUGAUUUUAAGGAAGACGGAAAGUCGGAUGACGAAUCUGAACCAGAGGAUGACAGUGUGGAAUACACAGAUGAACUAGCAACAGAGUAUGAAUCAGAAGGUCGGAGUGGUUUGGAGAUUGAGUGGGAGUGGGAGGCCGAGGAUGAGCAGGAGGAGGAUCUCCAAAACGGACAAGGAGAUCACCUCAUGGAUGAUUCUACCAGCGACGAUCAAUUGGAACCCCAACAUGGCCAACUCGAAAUGGUCCAUUCUGAUGCCGCCCUUGUCCAACACAAUCAAAGGGGUUCCAGUCAGUCAGACCCCAUAAACAAGCGUCCCGAGGCAGGCACCUCUCAAGGCGGCCCCCCCUAUUCCCAAGAUUCCUCGCCGGGAUCCUAUAUCUCUUCACAUGCAGGAGGAAUAUUAUAUACUACCGCAUCCCGAUUUGAGGCCCCCAUUGAAUCCUUGGAGAUGGAUUCGAGCAUAUCGCAUCUGUCGCCUUCUAAUUCUCCACCCGCCCUUCCAAAUACAUGGGAUAGCCGAAAGCCCGCUCGCUCUCCUGAAGUCGUGCGAUCGUUUACUACGGGAGCCUUGCUAGAGUCAGCUGUACCAGCAAUUGAGCGAGGACCACCAACUAUCUUUGUCCCGGAAAUGUCACCUACUACCCCACCCUUCAUCAAUGAAUCCUGUGUACCUCAACCGGAGUCAAGUUCACCGUCGCCAACAAUCUCUCAAGCACAACCGCCAUUAUUCUCACCCACACCAACACUAACAAUCUCCUCUGCUCUGACAGUACUAAUUGGUCAUGCAAUACCACCAAUCGAAGCUCGAUAUAACUCCGAAGUACUACCUACUGAAGGCCAGAGUGCACCAACUAGCGCAGUAGCAAGCUCAUGCCAUUCAGAGACACACUUGAUUGCGCCUGACAAGCUACCAGCCGAAACUACCAACCCCUCCGUCUCAGCAGAUUCGCUCUCUGUUGGUGUACGGGGCCUAGCCCGAGAAAUUGAAGCCUUGAAUACAGGGUUUGAUGGCCCAUACUGGUUAUUAAGAAAGCGCAAGCGUACUCAACCUUGA